CCGUCGGGAGCAGACCUGCCCAAGAGGGCUCGGGACUGCGAAGCUGCUGGAGCCCACAGCAGUUGCCCAAACUGGCUGGAGCUUCCCCUCGCUCGCUACUGGGAGGACCCGCUGAAGCUUCCCCGUGCCGUCUACGAGGAGGAACCUGCCGGAGACUUCACCUCUCCCUUGUUGUUACCCCGAGGAACCCCCGGAGCAGAACUGGCUGGACUUCCCCGAGGAACUGCCGGAUCUACCCCCCAGCCCGGGCUGCGAGGAGCCCAUGCUGUUGGACUUCCCGGGAGCAGACGUCCCGGACCAGAAGGAGCCAUGGCUGCAGAGAACCCCAUGGAAAGUCUCCAGAAGGAAGCGACAUGUCCCGUCUGUCUGGAGUAUUUCACAGAACCUGUCACUCUGGAGUGUGGGCACAAUUUCUGCCGAGCCUGCAUCGCCCAGUGCUGGGAGGGAUCCGAUACAGACGCCUUCUGCCCUCAGUGCAGACAAACUGUGCAACAGAGAAACCUCCGGCCCAACAGGCAGCUGGCAAACAUGGUAGAAAUCGCCAAGCGACUGAGUUUACAGGCAGCAAAGGGAACAGGAGGGGACGGGGUUUGUGGGAAACACCAGGAGGCUCUGAAACUGUUCUGUGAAGAGGAUCAAACCCCCAUCUGUGUGGUGUGCGACAGAUCCCAGGCUCACCGCGCUCACAUGGUGGUUCCCAUCCAGGAGGCUGCCCAGGAGUACAAGGAAAAAAUCCAGACCCAACUGAACACUCUGAGGGCAGAGCGAGAAAAGCUGCUGGGAUUGAAAGUGACUGGAGAGGGGAAAAGCCAGGAGUAUCUGAAACAAACACAAACCGAGAGGCAAAAGAUUGUGUCUGAAUUUCAGGAGCUGCGGCAGUUCCUGGAGGAACAAGAGCGACUCCUGCUGGCCCAGCUGAAGAAGCUUGACGAGGAGAUUGUGAGGAUGCAGAAUAAAAAUGUCAGUAAACUCUGCGAGCAGAUAUCCCAUCUCAGUGAGCUGAUCAGUGAGAUGGAGGGGAAGUGUCAGAAGCCAGCGAGUGAAUUCCUGCAGGAUGUCAGAAGCACCUUGAGCAGGUGUAAGAAGAGGAAGUUGCAGCAGCCAGAGGAGAUUUCUCCUGAACUGGAAGAGCAAGUCAGUGGUUUCUCCCAGAAAACUAUUGCGCUACUGGAGGCUCUGAGGAAGUUCAAAGACACUCUGCCGUCUGCACUGGAGAGAAAAAGAGGGGAACCACUCGGAGCACACAGACAGGCGAAUGUGACUCUGGAUCCAGACACGGCCCAUCCCAUCCUCGUCCUGUCUGAGGAUCGGAAAACUGUGAGAUGGGGAGACACGCAGCAGCGACUGCCUAACAAACCUGAGAGAUUUGACACUGAGCUCUGUGUGCUGGGCUGUGAAGGAUUCACCUCGGGGAGACAUUGCUGGAAGGGUUAAGAAGCUCAGGAAACC